AGAUUCCCACAACUCCAUGCCGUGUGCUGCAGGCUGGGCUUGAACCAGAGCUCUAGCUGAGAGGAUGGGGGUGGACGGGGAAACCGUGGUCCUUAAGAACAUGCUCAUCGGUGUCAACCUGAUCCUUCUGGGCUCCAUGCUCAAGCCCUCGGAGUGUCAGCUAGAAGUCACCACAGAGAGGGUCCAGAGACAGGCAGCGGAGGAGGCAGGCAGCAUGGCCAACUACAACACAUCGAGCAAAGAGCAGCCUGUGGUCUUCCACCACGUGUACAACAUUAACGUGCCCCUGGACAGCCUCUGCUCGUCGGGGCUGGAGGCGUCGGCUGAGCAGGAAGUGAGUGCCGAAGACGAGACUCUGGCAGAGUACACGGGCCAGACCUCAGACCACGAGAGCCAGGUCACCUUCACCCACAGGAUCAACCUCCCCAAAAGGGUCUGCCCGUGUGCCGGCUCGGCCCAGAUGCUGCAGGAUCUGCUGAGCCGGAUCGAGAUGCUGGAGCGGGAGGUGUCAGUACUGCGGGACCAGUGCAGCACCAGCUGCUGCCAAGAAAGCGCUGCCACAGGACAACUGGACUAUAUUCCCCACUGCAGCGGCCACGGCAACUUUAGCUUCGAGUCCUGCGGCUGCAUCUGCAACGAAGGUUGGUUUGGCAAGAACUGCUCAGAGCCCUACUGCCCUCUGGGCUGCUCCAGUCGUGGCGUGUGUGUGGACGGCCAGUGCAUCUGUGACAGCGAAUACAGCGGGGACGACUGCUCCGAACUCCGGUGCCCGACAGACUGCAGCUCCCGGGGGCUGUGCGUGGACGGAGAAUGCGUGUGUGAGGAGCCCUACAUGGGCGAGGACUGCAGGGAGCUGAGGUGCCCAGCGGACUGCUCGGGGAAGGGGACAUGUGCCAACGGUACAUGCGUAUGCCAGGAGGGCUACGUGGGCGAGGACUGCAGCCAGCGGAGGUGUCUGAACGCCUGCAGUGGGCGUGGGCACUGCCAGGAGGGGAUCUGCGUCUGUGAAGAGGGCUACCAGGGCCCUGACUGCUCGGCAGUUGCCCCUCCAGAGGACUUGCGAGUGGCUGGUAUCAGCGACAGGUCCAUUGAGCUGGAAUGGGACGGGCCGAUGGCAGUGACGGAAUAUGUGAUCUCUUACCAGCCGACGGCCCUGGGGGGCCUCCAGCUCCAGCAGCGGGUGCCUGGAGAUUGGAGUGGUGUCACCAUCACGGAGCUGGAGCCAGGUCUCACCUACAACAUCAGCGUCUACGCUGUCAUUAGCAACAUCCUCAGCCUUCCCAUCACUGCCAAGGUGGCCACCCAUCUCUCCACUCCUCAAGGGCUACAAUUCAAGACGAUCACAGAGACCACUGUGGAAGUGCAGUGGGAGUCCUUCUCGUUCUCCUUCGAUGGAUGGGAGAUCAGCUUCAUUCCAAAGAACAACGAAGGGGGAGUGAUUGCUCAGCUCCCCAGUGAUGUGACAUCCUUUAACCAGACGGGACUAAAGCCUGGGGAGGAGUAUAUUGUCAAUGUGGUGGCUCUGAAAGAACAAGCCCGGAGUCCCCCGACCUCGGCCAGCGUCUCCACCAUCAUCGACGGGCCCACGCAGAUCCUGGUUCGAGAUGUCUCUGACACCGUGGCUUUUGUGGAGUGGACCCCACCUCGAGCCAAAGUCGAUUUCAUUCUCUUGAAAUAUGGCUUGGUGGGCGGGGAAGGUGGGAAGACCACCUUCCGGCUACAGCCCCCCUUGAGCCAAUAUUCUGUGCAGGCCCUGCGGCCUGGCUCCCGCUACGAGGUGUCGGUCAGCGCGGUCCGAGGGACCAACGAGAGCGAUUCCACGACCACCCAGUUUACUACAGAGAUUGAUGCCCCCAAGAACUUGCGGGUUGGCUCCCGCACGGCAAGCAGCCUUGACCUCGAGUGGGAUAACAGCGAGGCUGAGGUUCAGGAGUACAAGGUUGUGUAUAGCACCCUGGCUGGUGAGCAAUACCAUGAGGUGCUGGUCCCCAAGAGCAUCGGUCCAACCACCAGGGCCACCCUCACAGAUCUGGUACCUGGCACCGAGUAUGGAAUUGGAAUAUCUGCCGUCAUGAACUCACAGCAAAGCGUGCCAGCCACCAUGAAUGCCAGGACUGAACUUGACAGUCCCCGAGACCUCAUGGUGACAGCCUCCUCGGAAACCUCCAUCUCCCUCAUCUGGACCAAAGCCACUGGCCCCAUUGACCACUACCGAAUUACUUUCACCCCAUCCUCUGGGAUCGCCUCAGAAGUCACUGUGCCCAGGGACAGGACCUCAUACACUCUGACAGAUCUCGAGCCUGGGGCAGAGUACAUCAUUUCCAUCACCGCUGAGAGGGGUCGGCAGCAGAGCCUGGAGUCCACUGUGGAUGCCUUUACAGGCUUCCGCCCCAUCUCCCAUUUGCACUUUUCUCAUGUGACCUCCUCCAGUGUGAACAUCACCUGGAGUGACCCAUCGCCCCCAGCAGACAGACUCAUUCUGAACUACAGUCCCCGGGAUGAAGAGGAAGAGAUGAUGGAGGUCUCCCUGGAUGCCACCAAGAGGCAUGCUGUCCUGAUGGGCCUGCAGCCAGCCACUGAGUACAUUGUGAACCUGGUGGCUGUCCACGGCACAGUGACCUCUGAGCCCAUUGUAGGCUCCAUCACCACAGGAAUUGACCCUCCUAAAGACAUCACGAUUAGCAAUGUGACCAAGGACUCAGUGAUGGUCUCCUGGAGCCCUCCCGUUGCAUCUUUUGAUUACUACCGAGUAUCAUAUCGACCCACCCAAGUGGGUCGGCUGGACAGCUCAGUGGUGCCCAACACUGUGACAGAAUUCACCAUCACCAGGCUACACCCAGCUACCGAAUACGAAAUCAGCCUCAACAGCGUGCGGGGCAGGGAAGAGAGCGAGCGCAUCUGCACUCUCGUGCACACAGCCAUGGACAACCCUGUGGAUCUGACUGCUACCAACAUCACUCCAACAGAAGCCAUGUUACAGUGGAAGGCGCCCGUGGGUGAAGUUGAGAACUACGUCAUUAUUCUCACACACUUGGCAGUUGCUGGAGAGACCAUCCUGGUUGAUGGAAUCAGUGAGGAAUUCCAGCUUGUUGAUCUGCUUCCCAGUACUCACUAUACUGUCACCAUGUAUGCCACCAGUGGGCCUCUCACCAGUGGCACCAUCAGCACCAACUUCUCUACCUUGCUGGACCCUCCUGCAAACCUGACAGCCAGCGAAGUCACCAGACAAAGUGCCUUGAUCUCCUGGCUGGCUCCCAGGGCAGAGAUUGAGAACUAUGUCUUGACCUACAAAUCAGCUGAUGGAAGCCGCAAGGAGCUGAUUGUGGAUGCAGAGGACACCUGGAUCCGAUUGGAGGGGCUGUCGGAGAACACGGACUACACGGUGCUCCUGCAGGCGGCCCAGGACGCCUCGUGGAGCAGCAUCACCUCCACUACCUUCACCACAGGGGGCCGGGUGUUCUCUCAUCCUCAAGACUGUGCCCAGCACUUGAUGAAUGGAGACUCUCUGAGUGGGGUUUACGCCAUCUUCCUUAAUGGGGAGCUAAGCCGGAAGUUGCAAGUGUACUGUGACAUGACCACCGACGGGGGCGGCUGGAUUGUAUUUCAGAGGCGGCAGAAUGGCCAAACUGAUUUUUUCCGGAAAUGGACUGAUUACCGUGUUGGCUUCGGGAACCUGGAGGAUGAGUUUUGGCUGGGGCUGGACAACAUACACAGGAUCACGUCCCAGGGCCGCUAUGAGCUGCGUGUGGAUAUGCGGGAUGGUCAGGAGGCCGCCUUUGCUUCCUAUGACAGAUUCUCUGUGGAGGACAGCAGAAGCCUGUACAAACUCCGCCUGGGAAGCUACAAUGGCACUGCAGGGGACUCCCUCAGCUAUCAUCAGGGACGCCCUUUCUCCACCAAGGACAGAGACAAUGAUGUUGCAGUUACCAACUGUGCCAUGUCAUACAUGGGAGCUUGGUGGUAUAAGAACUGUCACCGGACCAACCUCAACGGGAAAUACGGGGAGUCCAGGCACAGUCAGGGGAUCAACUGGUACCAUUGGAAGGGCCACGAGUUCUCCAUCCCCUUCGUGGAAAUGAAGAUGCGCCCCUACAGCCACCGUCUCACGGCGGGGAGGAAACGGCGGUCCUUACAGUUCUGAGCAGUGGGGGGCUGCCAGCCAGCCGAUCUUUUCUGUCAUUUGUUUGUAUUUCAUGAUAUGAAUCUGGGGGGAGGGAAGUAGUAAUGUGCUUUGCAACAUAUUACGAGUAUUUGAAGGAAGUGGGGGUGUGGCAGGAAUCAGUCAACCAUCAUCUGCUCAUGGUUUCUGCUGCCCUGGAGCCCGGCCCUUGGUCGGUCUGCGUCUCCCUCCUACCCAGUCAUCCUUAACCUUCCCCUCCUUUCCCACCACGGAGGAAAUGCGGGAAGCUUUCUUAAAAGACCAAUUCAAAAGCAAGUCGUGGAGUGCAGACCGUUGUGGUGACAGGCACACACCUUCUUUUACUGCCCUCCUUCUGAGAUGCCCUUCACCUUCCCAGUAUUUGUAAUCUGGUCAUGGCCAGGUUCUCACGCCAGCCCAGAGAAGAAGCCUCAACAAGAGAUCUUUGCCAACAACUCCCCUUUAGAGGAAACAGAUCAGCCGCGCCCUGUCCCAACAACCCAAGUCCUUUUUAAUGGGCCAAAGAUUUUCAUCUUCUAACACUCUUGCUCUUGCCAGCCAAGUGUCCUGCUAUCUUUUAAGAGUAGCGGCUCUUUUCCAGCUGCAAUCGGUCCUUUGGCUAGUUUCAUCCUAUCUUAGACCCCACAGCCCCAGAAGCCCACCCAGUGUUUUGGAAUCUAGUUUCCACGGCGUAGCAGGCUCCCGGCCUGGGUUGCACAGAGGCUGUGUCCCUGUGAGUCACAAACUGUUGCCCUGCCCUCAGCUCAGACAGUAACUUUCUUUGGGGGUUGGAGGAGGGUGACUGUUGUUGUUUUCAGCACUUUGGGAUCAGGCAUUGAGGGAAGGACAGAAGAAGUAGAAAUCAGGGCACCUGCCUUAGAGAUUACCAGUCCCAUGAGAAACAGAUCUCACCUAGUUCCAUUUUCUGUAUCUCCAGUUCUAUUUGUCAUGGAUUUUUUUUCUUCUUACUUGCAAAUUGAAGGCCUCAUAUCUGUCUUCAGCCAAGCUCUCCUUACUUAGUGUGGGUGGCUUAAUAAGAGUCAGAAACGCAAGUUAUCUGACCAGCAAGCCAUUCCCCUGACUGGUAAUCACUGGGAAAAGGUAAAAUUUUUUUUUUUUUUUUUUUUUUUUUUGAGGGACGGGGGAUCGUCCUCUUUUGUGGUACUAUAGGAAACAAAGAUGACCUCCUUAAUGAGGUGAGAUCAUAAGAAGCUUUUCUCUGUCAUCUUUUUUUUUUUUUCCUUUUUGUCUUUUUUUUACUGACCGGUAACGGGAUCGCAACCCUCGGUGUU